AUGUCACUUCCAUGGUCCGAACGCGGUCGUGCGGACAACCACCCUCUGCUGCCGACCUCGUCAACCCCAACCAUCACAGGCCUUAGCUCUGAACCUCUAGACCAUGAUCAGCCGCCUGCCUCGCGGCCGCGCCACGCCAGAACAACAUCAGCGCAUGCUCGUAGCGUCGCAGACGAAUUCUCGUUUAUGACCCCAAGCGAAGCUGCUGCCCGCCUGCGAACGUCCCUUACUUACGGGCUCACCCCGAACGAAGGUCUUACAAGGCUUGGUAGCCAUGGUCCGAACGAGAUCCCCCACGAGGAGCCAGAGCCUCUCUGGCUACGCUUCCUCAAGCAGUUCCAGGAGCCCCUGAUCGUCAUGUUGCUGGUGUCUGCCGGCGCGUCGUUGCUCCUGGGCAACGCUGAUGAUGCAGUCAGCAUUACAGUUGCCGUUACCAUCGUUGUCAGCGUUGGCUUUAUACAAGAAUACAGAUCCGAGAAAUCCAUCGAAGCGCUAAAUCAUCUGGUCCCAAACCACGCCCACCUCUUGCGCAGCGCACCUCAGAAAUCGCCUACUACCAAAGGCCCCGCGCUACCGUCCAACAUCACAGACGCUCAAGACAUUGGUGACCCUGGCAUCAGAACUCCUGAUGACGCAAUUUUAGAUGCCACUUCUUCCAAGGUCAUGGCUUCUCAGCUUGUGCCGGGUGACCUGGUUUUGUUUACAACCGGAGACCGCAUCCCCGCCGACAUUCGUGUUACCAAGGCUGCCGACCUCACGAUCGACGCUUCCAACCUUACCGGCGAAACUGACCCUGUUAGGCUCGGUACUGAGGCGAAGCGCAGCCAAGUUUUACCGCAGCUCGGCAACGCAGCUCCGAACUCCUCGCUUGCACCGAACACCAGCGCAAGCAUGGAGAAUAUUGCCUACAUGGGAACCCUAGUCAAGUCGGGCCACGGCCAGGGCAUAGUUUUCGCAACUGGCGGAGCCACACAGUUUGGUGCCAUUGCGACAAGUGUGUCUGGAACUGAAAGUCCCCGUUCGCCUCUGCAGCUUUCCAUGGAUGAUCUGGGCUCACAAUUGAGCAAGGCGUCCUUCGUUGUCAUCGGCCUUAUCUCGCUCGUUGGCUUAUUGCAAGGCAAAAAGUUAUUGGAGAUUUUUACCAUUUCCAUUUCAUUAGCUGUCGCUGCCAUUCCCGAAGGCCUCCCCAUCAUUGUCACCGUCACUCUCGCUCUCGGGGUACAUCGCAUGGCAAAACAUAAUGCUAUUGUGCGCCGCAUGCCCAAGGUCGAGACGCUUGGAUCUGUAAAUGUCGUCUGCACAGACAAGACGGGCACUCUCACAACCAAUCACAUGACUACAGCUCAAAUGUGGCACUUUGGUAGAGAAGUCAUCAAUAUCGAAGCCGAAGCCGAGGCAAUCGAAUCAAGUCCCUCACAAGCGACCUCCAGAAUUUUGCGAAUUGGCAACCUUGCCAACAAUACACGACUCGCUCAUAGUCAUACACACGGCGCUGUCCCAUCAUUGGCUGUCAUGUCGUCAACUUUAGGUCGAGGAGAUUCUCCUUCGUUCACAAGAUGGGCUGGCCAGCCAACCGAUGUUGCCAUGAUGGACCUCCUGGACAAGUUUAAAGAGCAUGAUGCUCGCGAAUCUGUUGGGGCCCGUGUAAGCGACAUACCAUUCAGCUCUGACAGGAAGUGGAUGGGCGUUAUUAUUGGCAACGAGAAAGAGUACGCAUACAUGAAGGGGUCUAUCGAAAAGGUCCUCGCAGCUUGUGACACAUAUCUCGACCAAGAUGGCCGGGAGAUUGUCCUCGACUCAGCUCGCAGACAGGAGGCACAACAAGCCGCGGAGUCGAUGGCUGCAAAGGGCCUCCGUGUCCUUGGUUUCGCAAGUGGACCAGUCUCACGCUCUGGUAAAGCCUACACCCGAAGCAACACGCCAGGAAUGGAUGCACCUUCCCUUCUUCCUGGGGAGGACGCCUUCAAGGGCCUGACUUUCGCUGGCCUUGUUGGCAUGAGCGAUCCCCCAAGACCUGGUGUCGGCAAAUCCAUUCGACGACUGAUGCGCGGGGGUGUCAGGGUAAUCAUGAUUACCGGAGAUGCUGAAACUACAGCUCUUGCUAUUGGUCGGCAGCUAGGCAUGAAUAUUGCUACAGCGAGCUCGCACGCUGCUGGGCAAACCACUGUCAAGCCUGUACUGCGAGGCGACGAGAUUGACAAGAUGUCAGAUGAGGCUCUCGCUGAUGCUAUGCAACAUACGACUAUUUUUGCUAGAACGACACCCGAUCAUAAGCUCAAAAUUAUUAGCGCUCUACAGUCCCGUGGCGAUAUUGUUGCCAUGACUGGUGACGGUGUCAAUGAUGCACCAGCCUUGAAGAAGGCCGACAUUGGUAUCUCUAUGGGUCGUCAGGGCACCGAUGUUGCCAAGGAAGCUGCAGACAUGAUUCUUACCGACGAUGACUUUUCGACUAUACUACGUGCUAUCGAGGAGGGCAAGGGCAUCUUUAGCAACAUUCAAAAUUUCCUGAGGUUCCAGCUCUCCACCAGCGCUGCUGGUCUGUCACUGAUUCUCUGGAUCAAUAUCAUCAUGGAUGGACCUCCUGCGCAGUCUCUUGGUGUGGAGGCUGUGGACCCAGAUGUCAUGAACAAGCCUCCUAGAAAACGGAAUGACCCCGUGCUGACACGCGGCGUCAUUACACGCGUAUUGAUAUCCGCAUUCAUCAUCAUGGUUGGAACCAUGCUGAUCUACAGCCACGAGAUGCUUGCCGACGGGCAGGUUACUCGACGCGACACGACCAUGACCUUUACAUGCUUCGUCCUGUUUGAUAUGUUCAAUGCGUUGAGCUGUCGAUCUGAGAGCAAGUCAAUCCUCCGCGGCGAAGUCGGUCUAUUCUCCAACAACCUGUUCAACUGGGCCGUGUCUCUGAGCAUUGUCGGUCAGAUUCUUGUCAUUUACCUGCCGGCGCUCCAGGAAGUAUUCCAGACGGUGCCGCUAACAUUUAGCGAUCUUUUCCGUCUGACGGUUUUAUGCAGCACAGUCUUUUGGGUAGACGAGCUGCGGAAGUAUCUCAAGUACGGCAAGCGGCGUUUAGUCAGUGGUUAUAGCCAAGCUGUAUAG